GGGCGCCAGGCGCGCUCAAUUGGCGGCGGAUUCAAACGUUCUGGCCUGGUCUCAGGGCCUGUAGAAGCGUCGGAGUCGGGGUUCUCGGUGUCCCCGCGGGCGUGAGCUGCAGUGCGGCGCAGGGAGGACCUAGGAAGCUUAGGCGGCUGGUGCCCGAGCCGGAGGGAGAGGAUGGCGCUCUCGACCACAGUCUCGCAGAAGAAGCUGAUAAAGCGGAAGGCUCCCCGCGGUUUUCUAAAGCGCGUCUUCAAGCAACGGAAGCCUCACCUCCGUCUGGAGACAAAUAGCGACCUACUGGUGCAUCUGAACUGUUUACUCUUUGUUCAUCGAUUAGCAGAAGAGGCUCGGACAAAUGCUUGUGAGAAUAAGUGUGGAGUCAUUAAAAAGGAGCAUGUACUGGCUUCAGCAAAGGUAAUUCUAAAGAAGAGCAGAGGUUAGAAGUCAAAGAACACAUUUUUGAAAAUUAUAAGAUGUAUUAUUUUAGGUGGUAACAGAUCGUGAAAGCACUUUUUAUAUAGCAGUUAAUAUUGUGUAUUAAAAUGUUGGCUUGCUGAA